UUUUAUUUAUGAGCGGAAGAAAAGCAGUUCUAUUCUCAAGUGGUGCAGACAUUGACGUUCCAACAUAUGAACGCAGCGAUGUUUAUCAAUGAGGAAGAGGUGAAAUCCGUUCUGAACUGGGACGAUACAUUGGAAGCGACCGAAACCGCUCUGAGGGCCACUUCUGAGCGAAAGUCCGUCCAACCGCCUCGAGUGUUUGCGCAAAUUUUUAACACUCCCAAGUGGAUGAUCGCGAUGCCCGGAUAUCUGGAAGAUUCGAGGUUUGGCGGCUGGGCAUGUAAAAUUCUGUCUGGAAACCCGCAAAAUGUUCAUUCUCCAACCAUGAGCGCCAACAUCGUCCUUUACGAUGAAGAUUCGGGAGUGCUAAAAGCGGUGCUGUCCGCUAUUGAAAUAACCAGCUGGAGAACAGCUGCAGCUUCAGCAGUCGCCACCAAACACUUACAUGUUCGUACAGGAAAACCGCAGAAAAUUCUAGCGAUUUUUGGAUGCGGUGACCAGGGCAAAGCCCAUGCGAACUGUUUUUAUCAUUGCUUUAACUUCGAAGAGAUCCGGUUGUGGAACCGAACCCAUCAAAAGGCCGCAAAUCUAGCUGCGGAACUGAACAAUAAAUAUCACACAUUGAAAUUUAGGGCUUUUGAAGGAAAUGAAAGUUGCGCUAGAGAUGCGGAUGUGAUUGUGACCGCCACCUCGCCAGGUCCAGUUCCGAUAGUUCGAUCCGAAUGGCUUAAAGCUGGAGUGCACAUCAACGCAAUUGGCGUUGUAACUUCCAAAGGGGAAGACAAACGGUACGAAUUGAGUGCGGAAACUUAUAAAAAUGCCGCUGUUUAUGUGGAUAGUUGGGAAGGUGCCAACAAAGAACUAACAGGACUGUUGGAGUUUGGGGCUGAAAUGAAGGCGGAAAUUGGGGAUGUAAUUUUGGGCAAUGUCCAAAGUGGAAACAAGGAUCGGUCAAUCUUCCAGAGUUUGGGUAUGGCGGCGGAAGAUUGCGCCAUGGCCCGAUUGGUGUAUGAUUUACACAAGCGCAAGCAAACAAAGGUUUUGUAAAACCAACAAAUUAAUUAAAUAAAUAUUGAAGCAAA